AUGUCAGAAUAUGUUACACAGGCCGUGACGACACCAAAUAAAUUACAAUCUCCUGUGACUUUUCAUUUGACCAUACUCGCAUUUACUUUCAUAAUGGCCGGCUAUCACGAUUCGGGAGUGUGGAGAGGUUCUAACGUGAAGCUGGAAGCUGUAGACUCCAUGGGCGUUGAUGAAGAAAAUACUCAUAAAGUUCAGCAGGAUCCGCCGAUCAGUUACUCUAAAUCGGGGGACACAAAUACAGCCAGCGAACUAGAAAGUGCAAAGACUAAAGGCCGUGUCAGGACAGUAAAAAUAUCACAUUUGAUAGAGGCUGGCUUGCUAUCUGAAGGUACACAAGUUAUUUGUAGAGGCUAUCGCGCUUCGGUAACUGCUCGUGGAACAUUAGCGCCAAUAAUUCCCAAUUCAGGUGCGGAAUUACCAAGUUGGAUCACGAGAGAGUGUAAAAGUCCGCAUGCUUUCGAUUCCGUCGUAAAUAGAUUAGGUAAGCCUGGGAAGAAAGUUUCGGCGAACGGUUGGAAAUCGAUCAAAGUGCCAGUUGUUUGUGAACCUGGUUUCAAUGACUUUGUAAAUUCGCAAGACACGUCGAACAAGAAGGGCAUACUUGGUGCUACCGUCAAUGGUGAGCUCUUGAUUCCCCUUGAUGCAUAUAGAAUAAUAUAUGAGAAACACGUUGAAGAUGGUUGGACUUCUUUAGACGGACCUAUUAAGUUUGAUCGAUCAAUGCUUAUUGCCACUUGUUAUUCGGAUCAUGGUGUGGGAAGUGAUAGAAAGACAAAAGUAAAUGAUGGAGGUACUCGUGGGUACGCACAUUUAUCCAAACUGAAGUCACAAAUGACCACCAAUGAAUUGCAUGAAGGAAUCAAUCGAAGGACUGCGAGAACAAUGUCUCUUGAGACGGGAAUAUCACUUCAUGCAAUGAGAAACAGGAAUAGACAGGAGAGAAUUAAUCGAUCGUAUGACGCUAUUUCGCAUAAAAGGUAUGCUCAACAGUCGAUAUCAUUACGAAGACAUUCAUCUCCUGCAGCAACCUCUAGACCUGAAUCGCAUAGACAACGGACGAAGACGGUCUCCGAUCAAUCAGACGAAGAAUCUAUUAAUCAUGGUAUUGUUAGAAGAAGACGCAAAAAGAUAAAAAGAGACGUUGUAUUAGCUUCAUUAGAUGACAGCCUAAUCCGGGUGACUGAACAGUUUCAAUCUGUCAAAGUGGUUCAAGUUUCACCCUUUAUCACCAUGGAAACUGUUCCAAUAUUGAUACAACACAAUACUGGUAUUCUCUUUUCUGACAUAUGCUUUGGAUGUGGCGGUGUUUCCAAUCAAAAUGAUCCGGCUGACCAGAUGGUACAUUGUAUUCGUUGUGGCGAAGCGUACCAUUGGUAUUGUGGUAUUGAAAGUAGCUAUGGGAGGAAUAUACAACACACCAUAGAUCCGUCUAGUUGGGAGUGUCCGAGAUGUAAAAUAUGCCUCAAAUGUCAACAACCAAUCGCCCAGUUGUCACCUUCUUUGAAUCGACUUAAUCAACAUCGUGGGUUGUCUUAUCGCGAUCAGUUACCAUCUCAUACGAUACUCGAGUGUUCUGAAUGUGGGAUCACCUUACAUUGCGAAUGCCAAAAGCAGAAUGAGCCUUAUGUCGACUUGUCAAUUCAAGAGAGCAGAGGAAUAUGGAAUGAUAAUACUUCUGCAUCCGAUGACGAUAUGAAAGCAUCCGAUCAUUUUCGCCGAUGGACUCACGAAUAUCGUUUGUGUUCCAGCUGUUCUUAUUUCGAAGCAUGUGGGAACGUGUGCUAUCUGUGUCGGAAAUUGUAUCGUAGUGAUGACUACGAUACUCCAAUGGUUAAAUGCGAUGGAUGUCUGUGUUGGAUACACCAGGAAUGUGAUCAACGACUAGCAGCUAUAGAUUAUGAGGCACUUGGCGAUGAUGAGAAUCAGAAAUACUUCUGUCCUUUGUGUUUGGAAGAGCCCAAGAACAAGAAUAAAAGGAAACAGAGAAUGCGCGAUCAGAAAGACAUUCAAGCCGCGAAAGUGUUUUGUUCUGAUUAUAGCACGUCAAACGUCGUUCCACAGUCUGAAAUCCGGAAGGCUGGGCUGGCGAGUGAAUUACCGUCAGACAAGGAAGCAGCAGAACUGUUACUAGCAAUUGGAGGAUAUCUUAAUAAUAAUAAUAAUCAAAACGAGUCAAUGAAUCAGGAGACAUCGCAUAUUAAUAUGUCAGUAAACCAAUUAGAACAAUAUAAUGAAAGUAAGUUGAUAAAUCAGCAAGCAUCACAUACUGAUGGCGAGUCAAUAAGUUGGCAAGAACAAUGUACUAAUAACGGGUCGAGAAACCAGCUAACGCAGUAUGCUGAGAAUGACAUGUUGAUUGAAGAAAUGUCAACUACACAAGUUCAUGGGACUCAACACUCUGAUGCAUCAGCAAAUCAAAUGGCUAUAGACCAACUGUGUUAUCGAAAUGGACACACGCGGCCAACACUUUCUGCUUCUCAUUUAUUAACUCCAACUGUUGAUCCGCCUUGUGUAUUUUGCAGUCCUGCUCAACCAAUACUUGGUACAGGCAGAUUGAUUCCCUUCUGGAUGGAUGAUGGUGAUAAUCCACAGUCUAGUGUUCAAUAUUGGGCACAUGUUCUUUGUUUAUUAUAUUCAAAAAACGUCAUGAUAGACCUACUAGAUGGAGGAUUAAUCAAUGUACAGAAAGUGAUCAGGGAAUCAAGGAACAAGAACUGCGACAUGUGCAGACAACCAUUUGCUACUGUCGAAUGCCAUAACGCUUGGCCUGGAUCAACAGAAGACUGCGCCAAUAAAACGUGGCAUUUUUCAUGUAUAAUAGCAUAUAUAUCGUCGGCAGACGACACCAACACAUCACGUAGAUUCAUAUUUAAACAAGAGAAAUGGGAGGUAUUUUGUGGAGAGCAUUGCGAUAACCAUUCAGAAUUGAAUUAUAAUACAAGAAUGAGUGAUGAUGCGAUAUUACAAAGAUUUUAUGUGAGGAAAGAAGGAAAAUCAUACAAUUGCGAUUCUCAAUUAUUAGCACUACCCAGACAUUAUAAUAUAUGCGAAAGUUUUAAUCCACAAAAUAUACCGGGAACCUAUCGAUUUGGUGCACUUAUAAUACGCUCUAUAGGUGAAUUUCCCUCCGAUGGACCGUCACUAUUCGACUCAUCUUUUGAACAUCCAAUACCUUAUGGAUUUCACGUCGAGCGGCGAUAUAUGGACCCAAUUACCGGAAAAAAAUACAAAAUCGAUUGUCAAGUAGUCGCAUCUGAUGGCACUUGUUUUAAUCUGCGGCAUGAAACUCGCAGUUUGACCUUUACAGAGGAACUUGAGGAAAAGACUGAGGUGGUAGUGCGUUAUGAUAAACCAGAAUCAGCACUGUAUGGUUGGAAAGUUGCAAUAAUGGAAUAUGACAACAGUCAAGACAUAAUAUAUCCUUUAGGAAGAUAUAAAUUGGUUGAUUUAUCUCAACAGUCUUCAAUGAAAGGUAACGUAUUCGGCGCUUCCGAUGAUAACUCCAAUAAUGACUAUGACUGCACUUAUGUCUCAGCACGUACAGAAUCACGAUCAAAGAAGACUAUGCGUCGGAUAAGAAGAGUUGGAGCAUGUUGCCAUUUGCAGAUCGUUGAAAAAGAGGACAACAGUUAUGAUGUGAUCAUAGAUCGUCAAAGAGCAAAUAAUAACCGUCUUCUGACUUCUCGACUGAUUAUGAAUAAAAUGGACGCAAUGAUAUUAGAAGAACAAUAUUACUCUAUGAAAAAGACAGAAGCACGAGAUACUAUAAUCGAAUCCAUUAGAUGCAGAGAGCAAGAUAGUGAUACGGCUGCUAUUCGCCGUAGGACAUCAGGCAGCGUACCUGCGCACACUAUCACAGUUAACAAGACUGAGAGAAUAAAACAUCCACCAACAGAUUUUGGUGUUUUUGCGCAGAGGUCAUUUGAGAAGGAUGAUAUGAUUUUAGAGUAUACAGGAAUGGUGAUGAAUACGGUCAAUGCUCGACUAUUAGAGAGUUCAUAUGCUCGUCAGCAGAGAUCAUGCUAUAUGAUGUGGGGAGAUGCGGAUUGGGUGAUUGAUGCAAGUAGACGUGGAGGGAAAGCACGCUUUGUCAGCUCAGUUGAUAAUGGUCAAGGAAACACAUAUGCAAUGUCCUUCAAAAUAGGAUCGAAACGAAAAAUAGCCUUAUUCGCAGCGAGACAUAUUGAUGCUCAUGAGCAGAUUACAUUUAGAUACGCAAUAUCAUCGGAGACUGAAGCUGUUAUUAGGAAUUGA